GCCGCGGAUGCCCCCGCCGCGGAGGCAGCCCGGCCUGUCUUCCUCCUCCCGCGGCGCGGCGGCGGGCGGUCGUCUUCUUCUUCCUCCCCCUCCGGUCCGCCGCCGGAUCCACCGCUCCCUCCCUCCCCCUCCGGUCGUCGCUGCGCCAGAGCAGGCUGGCACGCCGCGGCUCCCCUCCCUCCUCCACGCCGGCGCACGCGCCAUCCCGGGCCUAAUCUGUGGCGGCCCCAUCGGCGGCGGUCCCCGCCGACAGGUUGGGCAUCGGCGGCCACGAGAUCUGGGGGGCGGGCCCAGCAACGCCCCGAACAGGGCCAGCGAGGCCUGGAGCGGCCUGGAGCAGCGGGCCGGUGGGCAUCCCGCGUCCAGCGGCGCGGCCGACACCCGGGCCGGCGAGGGCUCCCCCGGCGGCGGACCCUCGACGGUCAUGGAGACGACCUCCUCGCCGCGGAGGAGGAGGAGGCCGAGCGUGCGGCGCUCCUCGCGGUCGCCGGUGGUCUUGGAGGACUUGGAGGGCGGGAGGCGGCGGAACUCCUCGCAGUCAGAGAAGGAGAAGGAGCAGGGGCACGGGGGAGGGCAGCAUGGACCUUUUGCUACUGCAUUUAUUGCCUUUAGUCAGUUUUAGGAGGAUCCGAGGACAGUGAAGUUACUUGCGGAGAACACUAAACAUACGUGGGAGGAGGCUUAUGGAGAUACCAUGGAGAUAUGGCCAAUGCUAUUUCUGGUGAUUGAAGAGAAGGCAUCAGCACCAGCAAGCGCAAUUGUAGAGGGCACAAAGAGAUCGAUUUACAACUCAGUUGUGGAUGAGGCUUUAUCUGUGUUUGCGGUGGCAUCAUGGAGGGACCAUAACACUCUACUUAAUGCUGCCAUGGAGAUGUCCACGACGCUGUAUCACCUUCCCUGCAGGGUGCACGACCCAACAGAGCAUGCAAGGGUUGAAAUUAAAUGGCCGCUGGACAACUCGAUUGAGGAUCUUCCAUUUUAUCUGCAUGAUCCGAGGAUAGUGAAGUUACUCGCACAGAAUGCUAAAACUAUGUGGGAGGAGGCUUAUGGAGAUGCCAUGGAGACAUUGCCAAUGCUAUUUCUGGUGAUUGAAGAGAAGGCAUCAGCACCAGCAAGCGCAAUUGUAGAGGGCACAAAGAGAUCGAUUCACAACUCAAUUGUGGAUGAGGCUUUAUCUGUGUUUGCGGUGGCAUCAUGGCGGGACCAUAACACUCUACUUAGCGCUGCCAUGAUGCUUCCAAGGGAGGAUGUUGAUGUCAACAAAGCCUUCUUUCGGCUUGCUGAACUCUCUUCAAGGUCCUCACUUACCUCCAAUAUCAGUGCUGACUGUCCUCAAGAUAUUGAUAGGCAACAACUUGAUGCAUGUAGCAAGAGUGAUAUUCAGAUAGAGCACAAUGAUGAGUGUAAGAUGGUCGAUGCUUCCAGAACCAAAUGCAAGAUGGUUCCAAUUUUCGUACAUCACUGUUCUGGGAAGGUUGUCUUAGCAGUCAAUUUAGAGGAGCCUUCAGAACAUAUGAUGCAUAUGUAUGAAAAGAAGACCAAAAUGAAACUUACGGAUCAAUAUUUCAUCUAUGGAAACCAUCGGAUUGACCCUAAGUGCAGUUUGCUAUCAUAUGGGGUAGGGCGUAAUGCUAUAGUCAUUGCAUGUUCCCGUCUACUGGGUGGAAAGCCUCCUACCCUUGCUAAAUAUUGUGAUGAAAAUAAAGGCAAGUUUGUAAGGAAAGUUACUCGCCCAGAUGGUGAGGAAUCUGUAGAUAUGGAGAAGAAAGGUUGCAGAAUCCUUUCAUCAUUGUUGAAGUGCUUCACCAAGACAUUUGCUAAGGGCAAGAGCUGGGCAGGCCAGUUUACACUAGAGUAUUUCAAGGUUGUCAAUGAACAUGUUAAGGUUUUAAUCAUUGCUAGACUGAACCUCGAUUCAUAUAACCUGAAAGCUGAUUUGAGAGGGUUGGUUCGUCUAAUAAGGUCCACAUUCUCCUUGAACACAAAGUACCCACCCUAUUUAGAGAAUCUAAUUGUAUUUCUUGAAUCACGGAUUAGUCCAUUAUUAUUGAGAAACGAAAUACUAUAUAUUGAGACACAUAUCUCCUGCAUUGAGUCCAUUGACAGGGGUAUGUUGCUAGUGCUCUUGAGAAAGAAGUAUAAAAGCUUGCGUCAGCAUGAGCAACUGAGGUGGGAACAGAUAAUGAUGGAAGCUGUAAUGCCUAAAAAUGCUGAUCUCAAGCGCCUCUCAAAACUGGCAGUGUUUAAGGACAUAAUUGCUAAGGCUGAGAGUUUGGGGAAAGGUUACCAAAACAGGCAACAUAGCCUCUUCGGUCUCAUGAGGGAUGAGUUCACUCAUGGCGUAGAGCAUCGCUUUGACAAGUCUGUUAAGCCUUGGAAAGAGAAAUUCAAGGAUGAUGAUGGGAUUGAACUUAUGAUACCUGCGCAUUUAGAUGAUCUUGCCGCUCGAAUCAUUUGGUGUUUGGUCAGGAAUUCAAUCGACAUUACAGCAGAGUUACUUGCAUGUCAGGUUCGCUGUUACUGCCCCCACUGCCGAGAAAAAACUUCGGACAUGACAAAAGCUACUGGUCCAAAACCUUCAGACAGCAAAGAAGCAACUGGUUUAGGACUCUCAUCAUGCGCAAAAGGGGGAACUGAUUCAGGACCUUCACAACAGGCUGAGUCGUCUAUCAAGAAAGGAAAUCCUGUCUCGCAUGCAGCUGCAUCGAAGAAAGGACCUUCACAGCAGGCUGAGUCGUCUAUGAAGGAGCGAACUCCUGUGUCGUUUCCUGUGCCGUUUGCGUCUCUUUUUAAGCCAGCUCUGAAACCGCCAUCAUCUGUUCCACCACAAAAACCGCAAUCAUCAGAAGCCAACAAGCCAAAACCGCAAUCAUCAAAAGCCAACAAGCCAAAAUCGCCACCACCAGAAGAUGACGGUGGAUUUCAAAUUGUCAAGAGUAAGAAGGGCACCAGGAGACGGUGAAGAGUCUGGCCACAGAUGGUUAUGACAUUUUUACAUGUCUCUUGGAUUCUGUAGUUCAUAACUGUUACUUGUUUCAUUUGAAAAAAAUGCUCGAUGCAUGUUACUAGCUACGAGCUGUCAUCAGUGGCAGAGCUUAGAGCCUUGGACCCAAAUUCAGAAAGGGUUAUUUUUGGUGGCUUGAACAAGGUGGAGAUGGAUAUUUGAUGCUUAAUUGGCAUGAUUUUCCUAAAUACUACUGCCUUUUGCCAUGCAAGUGUGUGCUUACACAAAUGCAACUUAGCUUGUGCCAUGUAAGUGUGUGUUUGCACACAUUGAAAAAGACAAUUACAAGUGAAUGUAGCAGAAAAAAUGACACAGGAUUUGGUAGCAAA